AGUCCCUCGCUUGGUCCGAGAGCUGCUGUGCACGUGGAGCCUGUCGUGAGGCACGUGGCUGGGGCUCGGCCGGGAUAUGCCUGCCAGGUUCCCGUGACCCCUCGGCCCUCCUUCGGCUGCUAUAAUGAGAUAUGCGCCCGAGUUGAAGAAGUCCCCCUCGCACCUCCUGAAGAAGUUUGCAGUGUGUGACAUCCCGCUGUAUGACAUAUGCGACUACAACGUCAGCAGGGAUCGCUGCAAGGAGCUUGGCUGCUGCUUCUAUAAAGGCAUCUGCUAUGAGAAGGCCGUGCCCACUUACGUGCAGGUGUUUUCUGCCCUGAUCGUGAUCAUCGCCGGGGCCUUUGUCAUCACCAUCAUUUACAGAGUCAUCCAGGAGAGCCGGAGAGAAAAGGAAGUCCCCACGGAGGCGCCUGUGUCGGCCAAGUCCAGCGUCCAGGUGGAGACACAGCCCCCCAGCAACGUGGGGGCUGGCUCGCAGGCCCCAAGUAUGGAGAUGCCGCAGUCCCAGGAGGGCGGCACAGAGGACGCGAGUCUGGUAAUAACAGAGGAGGAGGAAACAGAGGACUGAGGCGCGAGACAGAGGCUGAGUGAUGACGAGAAGAACUCUGACCGCGGUGGGGCGGCCGGGGAAUGGCCGUCGAAAUAUUUUGUGGAGUGACCACCGGUGAGAGAAAAAAACGGUAUUUUGAAAUGCUUGUGGUCUG